AUGGGAACCCAAGACAACCUUCAGGAUCUUCGUGUCGCUUCGUUUUCUUGUUAUCUUAAACCCAUCGAAGGCGUGGUUAAUAUGUUUGACACCGAAGAGAAGUUCUCGGACAUGGCGGUUUUGGAUCUCCACAGGCUGAAUCCAAACAUAUUUACGGCAAGAACUCCGAGUAUUGCUUCUGAGGCGAGCAGUUGGAGUAACAAUCAGACGGCGUUGCUGCAACGGAGUACAUCUCAGGGGAAGUUGAAUGGUAGAGCCUUCGGUAAGAGGUGGUUCCAUGGACCUUGUUCGACCAGAAAAGCUGUUUACGUCCAGCAAAGCAUCAAACAAGGAGACCAGUUCGCAUUCCCAGUUCUGAAUCCAUCAAUGGAGAUCUUUAGACCCGAACAGAAACAAGAAAAACUCGACGAACUUCCAAGAAUGUCGCUGGAAGUUUUUGGGUCGGGAACCAUUAUAAACAAAGGUGACAUAGCGAGAAACCUCGUGAGAAAAAUGUCGAUUUUGACAUGGGACGCCAUUCCGAAGAGCAAAGAGAAUGUAAUAUGUGACGACAUGGCGAGUGAAGCAAGCUCUGAUUUGUUCGAGAUAGAGAAUCUUUCAAAAAGUGGAUGGCAACCCUCGGAUCAUAGCUGUGUCAUGAGUCCAUCUACGCAGUAUGCACCUAGCGAGGCUAGCAUCGAGUGGAGUGUUGUUACAGCAAGUGCAGCUGAAUUAUCGUCUGUUUAUUCUGGUUAUGAUGGAAAACACACAAUCUACAACACAGCUUCCAACAAUCGACCAAGUGCAAAAACGAAGAUCGAGCCUCCAAAAAAACCCCAGAAAACCCUAGCGAAUGGUUUGUUGGGUUGCAAGAGUAACAAAUCUGUGCAAGUAGCUGAACCAGUGUAUAGAACAAUGGAUAAAACGAAGCAUUAA